AUGCCUUUUAUACCCUCGUCAACAGAUGCCUGCAAUGGCUAUAUGAGACCCGGCACCAUCGACCUGUCUAGAACAGAGAACUUUCUCUUACGAGAAGAGCUUGCGGAGAUUGUCAAGACGGCCAAAACACAUGAUUCUCAGCACCAUUUUUCCUCACACGACGACGCAGGAGACUCAAGGCUGUUGAUGGAGUGUUUGGCAAGACUCUUCAACAAUUAUUUCAACCCUUGUAUUCCAGUCAGUCGAUCACAUAUUGCUACUGCUCCAGGCGCAGCUGGCUGCCUCGAUGCACUUCUGUAUAAUAUUUGCAACGCUGGUGACGGUGUCCUUAUACCCGGACCCCAAUGGGGCGACUCAGACAUUGAGAUGAACUAUUCUUACCCCGGUGUCAAGACAGUAACAGUGAACACCAACACCUGCGGGACAGCCCACCAUUUCCUCAGGGUUUUGAACGAUACCAUCGACAGUGCUCCUUGCAAAGUCAAGGCUUUAAUUUUAAGGAACAUGAGCAGCUCAUUUGGCGAAUGCUACCCGCAAGAGUUUCUUGAAGUUGCCCUUCAAUUUUGCCAACAGAGACGCAUCCACUUUAUCUCUGACGAAGUAUAUGCUCUCACAGCAUUUUCAUGUGCGGAAAUAUCCGACCCUGUCCCGUUUGUCUCCGCUUUGGCUUUGAAUACCCGGGUAUUGGGGUGUGAUUUGUCGAGAAUACACACUAUCUGGAGCAUUAGUAAGGAUUUUGGAGCAACCGGCGUUCAAGUGGGCUGCAUAGUAUCACAAGGAAACAAAGAACUCAUCCGUGGACUUACGAAUACCCAAAACUCCAUAAUAACACCAGCAUCACUCGCCUUUGCAACCUCUCUUCUUUCCAGUCCCAGGCUGCCAAUCUUGAUUGCUCUUAACUCAGCGGGCCUGGCCGAAUGCUACAUGCUCAUUACCUCCUUUUUCGUACGACAUGGCAUCAAAUAUAUCCCCGUCAAUGCAGGCCUAAGCAUAUUUGCCCGUUUGGCACCCAACGCAAGGUCGCGGGACGAAGAAAUGGAGAUUGUGCAGCACUUAAAAAACGCAGGUGUUGUGGUCAACAACGCCGGAGGAAGCUUCCACAAGACCUUCAAGGAGAGAGGAUGGGUACGGAUGUCCUUCUCUGUUGAACCGGAUCAGUUGCAUGAAGCUUUGGGUCGCAUUGAACUCGCCUUGGGAUUGGGGCUAAGAUAG